CCAAUGCGUCCCCCUGGUACUUUACUAAGACACCCCUGUGUUCUGAUCGUUUGUUUUGCUCCAGUCCAACACUUCGAAUUUGUUUAAUUUAUGGCCGAUUAAGAUCCCAAUUUGAAUACUACUAAACUAACAUUCUAUGUUGAGAAUACAGUACUUUGGUACAGCAUCUGGUCUUGAACCCAUCAUUCAAUAUGGGAAUGUUCACAGAAAGUCCUUUGUUUGAUGAUCCUAGCCUACCAACAGGUUGGCACCGUAAAGUUGUACAGCGCCAGACAGGAGCCACAGCAGGGCAAUGGGAUGUCUAUGUGUACAACCCAGAGGGAAAGAAGUUUCGUUCUCGCAAUGAGUUACGAACACAUUUCAACCAGAUUGGGUCAACAAUGAAUUCUGAAGAUUUUGACUUUUCAGUUAAAGGGAAAGGUCAUCAUAAUAAAGGUAAGAGUCCAACAAAAAAAAAUGAAGCUGAAAAUAGCAAAGAAAACCAGGUUAGCAAAAAGUCUCUUACACCUGUCAGUAGCAAACGUAAUAUUUCUAAAGUAAAUAUUACACCUAUUGAGAGGCCAAAACGAGAAUUAAGGAAGCGUUUGCGUAGUAAGCAUGAAGAAGAGCCACUUCCAGAGCAAGAAGAAGAAGAAGAAGAAAGCAUCCAUGAAGAAAUUGAGGAUAAAGAAGUCAGUAAUGUAAAACUUAAAGUAAAAGUUGGUUACACUGCCACUGGUGCAAUGAUAAGACCUUCUACAAAUGGGGGCCGGAAGAAAAAGCGAAGAUUUAGAAAUAUGCAUGUGAAGAAAAACAAAACUGAAACAAAGUAUGUUCCAAAGGCUUCUGGUUCUCCCACCAAGAGAGUCAGUCCUAUUGCAACAGCAUCUGCUACAAACAACACAAUCAUGGAUGAAUAUACAGAAACUACCACCCCAAGAACUAGGCAAACCACUAAGAAAAAUCGAAGAAACAAAACAACAGAACCAGUCGCUGGACCAUCAGGUCUUCAGAAAGUUAAACGAAGCCCCAGACGUAUCCUUAAACGAAAAGGAGGAGCUAUCCCUGUAGGAGACGGAGUGGACGAUUCAGAAGAGGACGACGAGGAAGAUUUGGAUUAUGUUUGUAGUCUCUAUCCGAACAAAGAUACUUCUGAUAUUGCUGAUGCUGAUAUUGAGACUGCUGGUCCUGAAACGUCUGAGGAGACUUCUGACCCUCUACAGAUCAACGAAGAAGAUGUUAGAGCUGCAAACGGUGAAACCAAUGGCACUGAAAACCAUCAGUCAUACAGCGAACGUUUAGCCUCCCCAAAUGAUGUGGUUCAUCCGCUCCUUUAUACAGCUUCAGGGGAAACGUAUCCUGUCACGCAUACGGUUAACAUUGAUAAAAUUGUCCAUCAUGAAGACACUGAAAUCAGCGAUGACCAUAUGCAAGUAGUCGUAAUAGGCGAUUCGGUGGAUGUGCAUAAUUAUGCCAAACCUCACUUGCAAUGAAAACGCAAGACUUACAGCAUUCUUUUAAAACUGAGAUUAGAAAACUCAGAAUUUUAACGGAAAAACGAGUUGACUUUCAAGGACUUUCAAAUUUUCAUGAUCAUCUCACAGGAUCACGUCAAGUGUUCAUUCUUCCCCCGUAACUUUUCAAUUUUUUGACGAUCUUUUUUUUGCAUUCGGUACUCGAUUGAUUAUGUCAGCCUUUUAUGGUAUGGGAACACAAAUAAUUAUCUUACUAACAAGUUUUCCAAGUAGGUCGACACAAGACUUGUACCCACAUUCGCUAUUUGUUGUGUACUCCAUCCUUACAUUUUAAAACGAGAAAGUCUACCAACAACUCACUCCACGAGUUCUAUCGUCGUGUGUGCUUGUAUGUGUAAACCAGUUGAUACAUUAUUACAUGAUGAAAAGUCCUGCCACA